AUGGCCAAUCUCCCUGAGGGCCUCGCUCAAUUCGAGUAUCAGAAAAUGCAGCUUAUCGGCAGCCUCGGCGCUGUAGCUGAGACAAUGCGCAACUGCGCUGCCAUCGCCGACCAGUUUGCGCAGAUGGUCACCCAUGUCCCGUACAGCUCGGCCGCGAUCCAGCCCCAUCCCAAUGGCUUCGUGAUGGCCCCUCCUCCCACUACCCCUACACUCGCAGGAAGCAAGCGAAAGUCGCGCGUCGUGACUGAGGAAAGCGAGAAAAAGAAAAAGAUACCCAGGGACCCGAACGCACCAAAGCGUCCUGCGUCCUCCUACAUCUUCUUCCAGAACGAAGUUCGCCAAGAGCUGAAAGAGAAAAAUCCGGACUUGCCGAACAACGCGCUUUUGGGGAUCAUUUCCAAGCUGUGGACUGAGAUGCCGAAGGAGCAGAAAGAGGCAUAUGAAAUUCGCCAGAGGGUUGCCAAGGACGAGUGGAUGAUCAAGAAGACUGAGUAUCUCAAGGCCAACAGCGAGCGUAGCGCGACUACACCCAACGUUACUCCCGCAACCACAGCGGCUCCUGCAGCGCUGGUUGCUGUUGCUUCCCCAGUACAAGAGACUCAUGCACCGGUGGUUACUUCAUCUGAUGACAGCUCUGAGGAUGAAUCGUCUGAUGACAGCUCCGAGGAUGAGGAUGAGGUGAAGCCGCCGCCGCCCAAGAAGUCGAAGAAGGAUGCGGCUGCGACGCCCAUCGCGACCCCCGUAGCAUUCCCCGUCGCGACGCCUGCCAAAGUGGAGCAGCUGGUGAAAGAGAAGAAGCACAAAAAACCGAAGGCUUGA